UCUCGGCGAUUGCUUGCACGGCGCUAUACGAAGAAUUGAAUCAUGCCACCGAAAGCGAGCGGCAAAGCGGUGAAGAAGGCCGGAAAGGCUCAGAAGAAUAUCAGUAAGACCGAUAAGAAGAAGAAAAGGAAGAGGAAGGAGAGCUAUGCUAUUUACAUCUAUAAAGUAUUGAAGCAGGUCCAUCCAGACACUGGAAUCUCCAGCAAAGCUAUGAGCAUAAUGAAUAGCUUUGUCAACGAUGUCUUUGAGCGUAUCGCUGCUGAGGCAUCGCGUUUGGCUCAUUACAACAAACGCUCUACUAUCACCUCUCGGGAGAUUCAAACUGCCGUGAGGCUGUUGCUGCCCGGAGAAUUGGCGAAGCACGCCGUGAGUGAAGGCACCAAGGCUGUCACGAAAUACACUAGCUCCAAGUGAAUCAUUCCUCAAGAUCAACGGCCCUUAUCAGGGCCACAAAUUUAUUUAUACGUUUGAUAUUCUCUUUG